CAUGGGCUCCGCGCACUCCGUGCCCGCCGAGAUGCGGGAGCUGGCCGACAGGACCGGCUUCACCUCUGAACAGAUCGAGCACCUGCACCGGCGAUUCAAGCAGCUGAGCCGGGACCAGCUCACAAUCCGCAAGGAGAAUUUUGACAGCAUCCCCGAUCUGGAGUUCAACCCAAUUAGGGGGAAAAUCGUCCAUGCCUUUUUCGACAAGCGGAACCUGCGGCAGGAGUCGGAUGGGCUGGCGGACGAGAUAAACUUCGAAGACUUCCUGACCAUCAUGUCCUACUUCAGACCCAUCGAGAUGAACAUGGAUGAGGAGCAGCUCGAUCGCUUCCGGAAAGAGAAACUCAAAUUCCUCUUCCAUAUGUACGACUCGGACCACGACGGGAAGAUCACACUGCAGGAGUAUAGAAAUGUGGUGGAGGAGCUGCUGUCGGGGAACCCCCACCUGGAGAAGGAGUCGGCGCGGUCCAUUGCCGACGGGGCCAUGAUGGAGGCAGCCAGCAUCUGUGUGGGACAAAUGGGGCCGGACCAGGUGUAUGAGGGCAUCACCUUCGAAGACUUCCUUAAGAUGUGGCAGGGGAUCGACAUCGAGACCAAGAUGCACGUCCGCUUCCUCAACAUGGAGACCAUCGCGCACUGCUACUGACCUCCGGCUCCCUCCUGGGAGGCAGAGGAAGAGGAGGAGGAGGAGGAGGAAGAGG